GAGGAAUGGAGGCUUGAGGUGGCAAAGAUGUAACCAGGCAGAGUUUGGGCAUGAAUCAGGCCCCCUGGGAGUGGGGAAAGGACAGCGAGAGACAAAGGGCCAAACAAGGUGCUGAUCCUGAGAGGUUAACAGAAGAUUCCAGUGGCAUGAACUACCACAGGGUAGGAAGCAACCCCUCCUCAGAGAGCUUACUGGUGUUGGCUCACUUCAAAUUCCCUAGACUGUAUUCACCUUCUAUGCCAGUUCAUUCGUUUGUUCAUCCAUUCAUUCAUUCGCUCACCAUCUACUAAGCAGAAUGUAUCUGGCACUGUGCCAGGCUUUUCAGUACAAAGAUUAAUGAGACUCAGAUAUCAUGUUUGUCAGUGGAGAGGAUGGAAUUGUCCAAAAUAAUUUAAGUAUCAUGGAAGUUUAUGGUACUUAGAUUAUUUGAGGGUGUUCAAAGGAAGGGGAAAUAUUUAAUUCUAGCUGAGAGAGUUCUGGGAAAGCUUUAGGGAGAAAGUAGCAUUUGAGCUGAGGCUUGAAAAUGAGUAGAAUUUGAACAUGAAGAGAGGAGGAGGGAAAGACACUCCUGCCCCAAGGAGCAACAUGAGUAAAGGCCCAGAGAUAGGAAAUUGAAGAGCUAGAGAGAGUGGGACAUCAGAGAGCAGGGAGUUAGGGGUCUGGUCAAAGUACCGGGAAGACAGAGAUGUGUGAGGAAGGCUGGGUUGGGGCCAAAUCAUGGCAGCGCAGGAAAUCUUAACUUCUACAUUAAGGGAUUUGGACUUCUUUCUGCAGGCAACAGGGAGGUCCCUGCAGGCACCUGAGCCAUGCAAGAAUAAGAUAGACCUGGAUGGUUGAGUGACUGGUUCCAGCGUGGAGACAAAGACCAGGAUGGUCGGAUGAGUUUCCAAGAAGUCCAGCGGUUACUACACCUGAUGAAUGUGGAAAUGGAACAAGAAUAUGCCUUUCAGCUUUUUCAGGCAGCAGACAUGUCCCAAUCUGACACUCUGGAGGGAGAAGAAUUUAUAGAGUUCUAUAAGGCACUGACGAAGCGUGCUGAGGUGCAGGAACUGUUUGAAAACUUUUCGGCUGAUGGGCAGAAGCUGACCCUGUUGGAAUUUGUGGAUUUCCUUCAAGAGGAGCAGAAAGAAGGAGACCGUGCUUCUGACCUUGCUCUGGAACUCAUUGACAGCUAUGAGCCUUCAGAUAGUGUGUCCCCCCCACUCCACACCCUAGGCAAGCUGCGGCAUGUACUAAGCGUCGAUGGCUUCCUUAGCUACCUCUGCUCGAAGGACGGAGAUAUCUUCAACCCAGCCUGCCUCCCCGUCUACCAGGAUAUGACUCAACCCCUCAACCACUACUACAUCAACUCCUCUCACAACACCUACCUGGUCGGGGACCAGCUUUGUGGCCAGAGCAGUGUCGAAGGAUAUAUAAGGGCCCUGAAGCGAGGGUGCCGCUGCGUGGAGGUGGAUAUAUGGGAUGGACCUAAUGGGGAACCUAUUGUUUACCAUGGACACACCCUGACUUCCCGUAUCCUAUUCAAAGAAGUUGUGGCCACUGUAGCACAGUACGCCUUCCAGACAUCAGACUAUCCAGUCAUCUUGUCCCUGGAGAUCCACUGCAGCUGGGAGCAGCAGGAGACCAUAGCACAACAUCUGACCGAGAUCCUGGGGGAGCAGCUGCUGAGCACCACCUUGGAUGGGCUGCUGCCCACUCAGCUGCCCUCGCCUGAGGAGCUUCGGAGGAAGAUCCUGGUGAAGGGGAAGAAGUUAAGGACGCUUGAAGAAGAUCUGGAGGAAGAGGAGGAGGAAGAGCUGGAGUCUGAACUAGAGAGGGAGCAGGAGGCUGGGCUGGAGCUGGAGGCCCAGUCUGAGGCUGAGACCCAGGAGCUGAGCCCUCGCAGUAAGGACAAAAAGGAGAAGAAAUCCACGCCCAUCAUGUGUCCAUCCCUAUCGACCCUGGUUGUCUACAUGAAGACUGUCUCAUUCCAUAGCUUCACUCAUUCAAGGGAGCACUACCGCUUCUAUGAAUUAUCAUCUUUCUCUGAAACCAAGGCCAGGCGCCUCAUCAAGGAGGCUGGCAAUGAGUUUGUGCAGCACACCGCCUGGCAGUUAAGCCGUGUGUAUCCCAGUGGUCUGAGGACAGAUUCAUCCAACUACAAUCCCCAGGAACUCUGGAAUGCAGGCUGCCAGAUGGUGGCUAUGAAUGUGCAGACUGCGGGGCUUGAGAUGGACAUCUGUGAUGGGCUCUUCCGCCAGAACGGUGGCUGUGGCUAUGUGCUGAAGCCAGACUUCCUACGUGAUACCCAGAGUUCCUUCCAUCCCGAGAGGCCCAUCAGCCCUUUCAAAGCCCGGACCCUCCUAGUCCAGGUGAUCAGCGGUCAGCAACUCCCCAAAGUGGACAAGGCCAAAGAGGGGUCCAUUGUGGAUCCGCUGGUGAGAGUGGAGGUCUUUGGCAUCCGCCCAGACACAACUCGGCAAGAGACCAGCUAUGUGGAGAACAAUGGUUUUAAUCCUUACUGGGGGCAGACACUAUGCUUCCGGGUCCUGGUGCCAGAACUGGCCCUGCUGCGUUUUGUGGUAAAGGAUUACAACUGGAGAUCCCGAAAUGACUUUGUGGGUCAGUACACCCUGCCUUGGACCUGCAUGCAACAAGGUUACCGCCACAUACACCUGCUCUCCAAGGAUGGCACCAGCCUCCAUCCAGCUUCCAUCUUCGUGCACAUCUGCAUCCGGGAAGGGCUGGAGGGGGGUGAAUCCUAAGGUGGACACUUCAUGGGAAGGGUGGGUGCACUGGUUUUAGAUGGUAAGAAAGACCUGGAAAAAUGCUCCAGAAAGCAGAGGUGACAUAAACCACGCUUUGGGUUGUGCAUUCCUAGGCACAAAAUUACAUCCCUCUUCCUAACAAACAAAUCUAGGACCGGAUUUUUCACCUUCUUUCUCUUCCCUUUCACAAGCCUUUUGGUAUAUUUCCUGCCCUUCCCCUCUGCACAAUCUAUACUGGAAUUCCUUCCUUCCUCUUGCUGUGGGCGUAAUCCCAUACCUAGACCUGGGACUAAUCUCUCCCAUCAACUCUGGCUCAAAGGCGGACUGCGACUAGAAAUCCAGAAAGGGGUGUGGGGCAGAGAAACCCUAAGAGGCAUUAUCCCCCAUCCCUGACUUCCUCAAAGCCCAGAGCCAAGGAAGGAAUAAACCAAGCCACAAGGCUCCCAGGCAAAGGCUGGAGAAGGCGACCUGACCCCAGGACUGUACUAUGACUCUCAAGAGAACGCGGCUCAGUCCUCGAGAGUCCCCAGGGGGCUGCUCCUCCUGAGCCCCGCCAGGAGAAAUACAGCUGCGCUCUCCAAUUUGGCUUGAGUACAUGUGGUCUGUCAUUUGGGGCAAGAAGGGGAGAUACGAGGGUUGGGGGACAUUUGGGUAGAGAGGUGGGGCAGGGAAAAGGUGGAAAAGCAAGUUUCCAGGGGUCCCCUGCAUGUACUAGAUAGAAAGGGUACAGAAGUAUGGCUUCUAAGAGGCCGGCAAAAGGAGCAGACAAGGGUGUAUGUGAUCCCAGCCCUACUGAAGAAUUUGCCUGGAACAGUCCUGGUUUAUGUCUGCUGUCCCAGCAUAAUUAUUAAUGGUACCCUCUUUAAUUUUCCCGAUGUGUCCCAGUUUAGAUGAUUAAUUAUACAGUCACCGUGAGGCACUCACAGAAUUCUACAUUAAAAAAUUGGCCCAAAUCA